AUGAUUGAGCUUUUCGCAAUCUUCACGAAGGGAGGAUUUGGCCUCUGGGCGUUCCAGGAGGGAGCUGAUCGUUUUGUUGAAGCGAUUAACGCUUUCAUCAAGGACGUCCUCAUUCAGGAGCGUGCCGUCACUCAUUUCAAGUAUAACGAUGUCACCAUUAAAUUUAUACUGGACAAUGAGUUUGAGCUGGUGUUCGUAGUCAUUUACCAGUCUGCGAUCCAGUUGUCCUACACAGACAAACUUCUCACUGAUGUUCGUCAACGAUUUCGAGACAUGUACAAGAAUGUUCUUCUGAACAAGCAGAUUCUCUACCAGCAUGGGUAUGAAUGUUUUCGUCAUUUUGAGAGCGAAUUCAUCAGCAUUCGUGAUGAUCUUAUGAGGAUGAACGUGAAGUCAACUGCUCCGAAGAAACCGCGCACGUUCCAGGAGAGCGCUAAGUCUCAAAAAACCAUUGACUCCAUCAUAGUUAGUCGUCCUGGAGAAGACAAGAAGCAAAAGAAGAAGGACGAACCAGUCAAGAAGCAUUUGAAGGAAGACAUAGUGACGGCUUCUACAGAUUCCGGAAGUGACCUGGGCUCCACUCCUGGUUCGCCAUCGGACGACAUCUCGAAAAGGAGAGAACUGCUGCUUCGAAAAAUGAACGUGAAGAAGAAGGCCACGAAAACGACGCCAGAACCCGAAACGAAGAAGAAAGGCAAACAAGCCCGUGUAUGGGAAUUGAGCGGAGAUGUCAAGGAUGCCACUGAACUCGACUAUUCCGGUGAAAAACCGCAAGAGAAUGGUGCACGCAAUGACGAAGAUCUGGCUUUCGUAAACGAACAGCGCAAGUUUGUCGGAAAAUCGGCGCAGCUGCAAGGAUUUUCGGAUGAAGAAAGCGAAGAGGAGGAGGAGAUAGUCGCUGCGAAAGCUACUGGUGGUUGGUUUGGUGCAUUCAAGAACCUCGUCGGCAACAAAAAACUCAGCGCGGAGGACAUCCAGCCUGUGCUUGAGACAAUGAGAGAGAACUUGAUUCUGAAGAAUGUCGCAGCCGAGCCAGCAGACAAAAUAUGCCAAACUGUUGGACGCAAACUAGAGGGCAAAGUUGUGAGCACCUUCAGUCGCGUCAGUUCCGAGGUAAAGGAAGCAGUUCGAGAAUCGCUCACACAGCUGCUCACUCCAAAACGCCGCGUGGAUAUUUUGAGAGAUAUCGCUGAAGCGAAGCAUGAAGGCAGACCUUAUGUGAUUGUGUUCUGUGGCGUUAAUGGAGUCGGCAAGAGCACCAACUUGGCGAAGAUUACGUUUUGGCUGAACGAAAAUCAACAUCGCGUUCUCAUAGCUGCUGGUGACACUUUCCGAGCUGGAGCUGUGGAGCAGUUGCGAACGCACACUAAGCAUCUCAAUGCUCUUCAUCCGAAUUCGGUUCAGCUGUUCGAGCAAGGCUACGGAAAGGACUCGGCUUCUCUCACAGCUGCUGCUAUAGGAAUUGCAAUCGAACGAGCUAUUGAUGUGGUCCUUGUGGAUACCGCUGGUCGUAUGCAGGAUAACGAGCCCCUAAUGCGAGAACUCGCGAAAUUGAUUCGAGUGAAUGAGCCCGAUCUGGUUCUCUUUGUUGGAGAAGCGCUAGUCGGAAAUGAAGCCGUUGAUCAGUUGGUGAAGUUCAAUCAAGCGCUUGCGGAUAACGCUACGCCAGGUGCGGCGCCUCGGCUCAUUGACGGUAUCGUCUUGACGAAGUUCGACACUAUCGAUGAUAAGGUUGGAGCUGCUGUUUCCAUGACCUACAUUACGGGUCAGCCAAUUGUGUUUGUCGGUUGUGGUCAGACGUACUCGGAUCUCCGUAAUCUUAACAUUGGCGCUGUCGUUUCUGCUCUUCUCAAGCAUUUACAAUUGCCUAUAUCGUUGCCUGUCCAGGUCAUAUUUUCGAAAAGUGGUGUGAGAUUUCUAUCUUGGUUACGAGGUAUGACUGUGAGAUGUGAACAAAGGCAGUCGGAAGAAAUCUUGAAGGCGGCGUCUCACCCAUUAGGAAUUCCGCAACUCACGGGGUUCAAGAAAAAUUAUGCUAGGAUUCACUGUAUUACAACUGCGAUCGUACUUGCCUCUUUGUUGAUUUUGUCCUACAUCACACUGAACAGUGAUCGUUAUGUUAGUUAUGAAAACGCAGAAACCCCGGCACAUUGCCGCAAGUCAUGCAAGGUACAAUUCGUUGAAAGCAUACCCACUGGUCUAAAUUUCUCGGGCGGUCCCGUUCACCGGCAUACUCACGAAGCGUGGCUGGAUUUGUUCAACAACGCAAAUGAGACGAUUCACAUCGCAGCUUUCUAUUGGAACCUCAACUCGUCUGAUUAUCCAACAGCCCAAUAUGGAAGACAUGUUUAUGAGCAGCUGACCGCUGCUGGGCGGCGUGGAGUUCAUAUUCGAAUUGCGCAAGAUGUCAGUAAAGGUAUAUCUGACAAUGAGGACUCACGCCGACUUGAACAACAAGGUCUUGCUCAGGUUCGGACUGUUGACUUCCGCAGAUUACUCGGCUCCGGAGUUCUACAUACAAAAUUCAUAAUCGCUGAUACCAAAGACAUCUAUGUAGGAUCUGCAAAUAUGGACUGGAAGUCAUUAUCGGAGGUGAAAGAGCUUGGCUUAUACAUCCAAGACUGUCCGUGUUUGGCUAAAGAUCUUGAUCGAAUUUUCAAGGUGUAUUGGCAUCUUGGAAGGAAAUGGGCUGAAAUCCCAGCAGAAUGGCCAGCUGGAUAUGACACCGCCUUCAACAUGCGAUCUCCUAUGGAAAUGAUCUGGGAUGGAAUUGAAACGGAGGUUUUCAUAUCGAAUUCUCCUGCACCUUUCAAUCCAAAGAGACGUGAACAUGACUUGAAAACUAUACUAUCUUUAAUUUCCUCUGCAAGUCGAUCAGUCUGUGUUUCUGUUAUGGAUCUCAUACCACAAACUCUUUACAUGGGGGCAAAAAACAGCUACUGGCCAGAUAUUGACGAUGCCUUGCGCAGUGCUGCAUUUCGCGGUGUCUCGGUUAGGUUGCUCAUAAGCAAUUGGACCUAUUCGCGAGCCGCAGAAUUCGUGUUUUUGAAGAGCCUCGUUGUCAUAAAUGAUGCUUUACCGAAGACCAGAAACGGUAAAGGAAGCAUAGAAGUGAAACGCUUCGUUGUGCCUUCUACAGAAGAGCAAAAGAGAAUCCCAUUUGCUCGCGUCAACCAUAACAAAUACAUGGUUACGGAUAAGGCAGCAUAUGUUGGUACGUCCAACUGGGCUGGCGAUUAUUUUAUCAGUACUGCCGGUGUAGGAAUAGCUAUGACUAACCAUGGAAGUGAAGGUGUUGUUCAGAAGCUGCAAGCUAUUUUCGAUAGAGAUUGGAACUCACCUUAUGCUCUUGAGCUCUAAAAUGUAUUUAAGUUAAUCGGUUAGAUAAUAGAUCAGUUUUGUUUAUACUUGAUUUAAGAGAAUGUCCCGAAAGUAUGCACACAAUAUCCGAUUGCUAAUAUAUUUUGUCUCAAUGCCUCUCACCCAGGGUACAUAUUGAAAGGUUGG